AUGUACCCAUACUAUCCUCCCCCUUAUCCGUACUAUAGCCCGCAUCAUCUGCGCUCUAUGUAUCCUCCGCCAUACGUGGAGGACGAUGGAGAAUAUGAUGAGCAAAUGGUCGGAUAUUCAGCGCCUUCUGUUGGCCAUUAUAUCGCAGGAAACCAAGUGCCGCCAUCAAAUGCUAUCAUAAGGGUUGGGUCUGCACGUGGCCAGCGCAGCCACCAAGCCAGACACUUUGGUCCCCGCACGAUGCAGUCGCAAACUUUAGAUCAAACAAUAGUCUCCAAUAUCCUCGACCGUCUGGAAAGCAUUGAAUCUAAGUUACCAGCGCACAAGGACACUGCGGAUCCUUCUUCAGAACAUGCACUGGCGCAACUUAAGCUUCGUGAAGAUCGCUUAAAAGAGGCUGAGGCAGAGUUGGCAAAGCGAUCAGUUCAACUGGAUGAAAAGGCCUCUGCGCUUCAAAAGCUUAGCCACGAACUUGCAAAACAAGCAAGCAUGAUCGACACUCUUACCAAGACUGGAGCUGCUUCUUCCAGCGGGUCUGACAAUGACCCUGCACUCAAGGCAGAGAUGGAGAAAAUCAUCAAAUCGCAGGAGGGCGUUAUCAAAGAGUGGCAGACGAUUUGGGGUGUGAUUAAUGAUGUGUUCUUUAAGUUCUACAACAUCUGCGCAAUGACCCUACCGGGAAUACCCGAGCACAGUUUCAACCCUGGAGACCCCAUGGCCAUUGUGGUUGCCAUGCAGCACCUCAUCACUGGCUUCGCAUCGUCUGUUCUUCCAAAGGAGGAACUCGAUGCCCUAAAUGCUCAGAGAGGAGACAGUGCCGCGCUAAGCCAGGAGGUUAACCAGGAGGCCGAAGGCGACGAUGACGACCCCGACAACCUCGACUAG